AUGCUGCACUGGAAGAAGGAGAAGAUGCGGGAGUCCGAGGAAGCCGCUGCAGCCCACGAGUUGGAACAUGGACGCCGACGACAUUUCACUGCCUUCAGCCAACACCAAACGCCCGUCGUUGCGCUUCGACGCAAGCGAUGCGCGAGUGAUUGCCACAUGCCACAAUCCAGAGGAGUUGCCUUCAGCGGGCUGCAUGACUUCCAUAGCGCAUCUUCGACAAGUGCAGGUGGCAGCGAGGCACCUCGCUCAGAUCGGAUUCAGGGCCACUUCUCCUCUGACGCAAACGACUGGUGCACUCAGAUACAGGAUGAUGUUCUCGCGAAGAUUUUGAACACUGUUCAGCAACUCACCGCCAGAUUGGACGGUGAUUCCGAUCCGCCCGAGGUGAUCCAGAACUGUAAGGCCAUCCAGGCCUGUCUGGACACAAUUCAUGCUCUGAAGCGGGCUCGAUAUGACCCCAGAGGAGCCUGUGCCAGACCCCUCCCCUCGACAGCUCCACAUUCGGGUGCGGAGCACUCCUCGACUACCGGCUACAGCGCUUCUUCCGACAUGCUCAACGGUCUGCCUGACCCCUGCAAUCAAGGGCUUCCAUGA